GCUUCCUGAAAGUUGAAGAAGUCACAGGUGACGCCCGGACUUGAAAACCAUACCGGAAGCUCAAAAGGAGCAGGUCUUAAGGCUGAAACUGAAAUAGGAAGAGUUGCAAAACCAGCAUGACAUUAAAAGUGAAGUUGGGGAUUUUCCUGUUGUCCGUAGCUUCUCUUUCUUUGCUUUGGAGGUCAGAUUUCACUCAGCGGCUUCAGCUUCGAUACAAUGACACUUGUCCCUGUGAGGUCUGCUUUUCUAGCCAUCAUACGAUGCUGAAUCAUCAUCUGCGACGUUCUGUUAAACCAUUUCUGUCUGCUAACACCAGUGUAUCAGAAGAAACCUUUCAGUGGUGGAAGCGCUUACAAAAGGAAAAACACAAAUUUACUUAUUUUAAAUCCACGUUGGACAAGCUGUUUAAGAUCAUUUCCCCCAUUCCUGAUCUUAUAAAACCCAGCCCUGACAAAUGCAGGACUUGUGCUGUGGUGGGAAACUCUGUCAAUUUGAAAGGAUCCCAUUACGGACCUUUAAUAGAUUUCCAAGAUAUCGUCAUAAGAAUGAACUAUGCAAAAAUAAAAGGCUAUGAAGAAGAUGUUGGGACCAGAACGACUCAUCAUGUCAUGUAUCCAGAGAGCGCCGUGGAUUUAGACAACUCAACUCAUCUUGUGCUGUUUCCGUUCAAAGUGUUGGAUCUUCAGUGGGUCAUGAAGGCCAUUACAAUGGGAUUUUAUGGAAGGUCAUAUGCACCAAUAAAAACCAAGAUCAAAGCUAACAAAGAUUUGGUCAUGGUGCUUAAUCCAGCCUUUAUGAGAUAUGUUCAUGAGAUCUGGCUGAAAAAGAAAGGAAACUAUCCAUCCACUGGCUUUAUGGCUUUUAUCUUUGCACUUCACAUUUGUGAUGAGGUAUGUCUGUUAGGAAAUUUCCAACACCCUGGUCGAGUUCAGGCAGACAAACCCCAAAAUAACUCGACAGUUGAUAACCAGUCGGGCAGCCUGGACAAAGAGAUAAACGGGUCCAGUGUAAAGCUGUAG